AUAAAAUUAACAAAGCCCACCUUCAGCUGAUCACUCACCAUUGAUCUCGCUCAAUCUCUCUCCUUUCACAAUCUGAAGCGCAGCCACACUUCAGCUCAGUUCUUGUUAUUAGCUUUUGAUUUGUUGUUCUGUUCAUGCCUGUUUGGAAUGGUUCAAUAAGACUCUGUGUUCUUGAAUCUUGAUAUAUCUUUUUGUUCAGUUCUUGCAUUUGAAGAUAUACAAUCUAAAGAUCCAUAGCGUUUUCGUUAGUGGGCAUUACUAGAUAUGGCCAAGGAACAAUUGCAGGUGCUUAAUGCACUUGAUGUGGCAAAAACACAAUGGUAUCAUUUCACUGCAAUCAUUAUUGCUGGGAUGGGUUUCUUCACUGAUUCAUAUGAUCUCUUUUGCAUAUCCCUUGUCACAAAAUUGCUUGGCAGAAUAUAUUACCAUGUUGAUGGUGCAAAGAAUCCUGGAACUUUGCCUCCCAAUGUAUCAGCGGCUGUUAAUGGUGUGGCAUUCUGUGGAACUUUAUCAGGCCAACUCUUCUUUGGUUGGCUUGGUGACAAGAUGGGUCGGAAAAAGGUCUAUGGGAUAACCCUUAUACUCAUGGUGUUAUGUUCCGUUUGCUCAGGCCUUUCCUUUGGAAAGGACCCAAAAGGGGUUAUGGUAACACUUUGCUUCUUCAGAUUCUGGCUUGGGUUUGGUAUUGGCGGUGACUACCCACUUUCUGCCACUAUCAUGUCUGAAUAUGCUAAUAAAAAGACUCGUGGUGCCUUCAUUGCAGCAGUAUUUGCAAUGCAAGGGUUUGGAAUUUUAGGAGGAGGCAUAUUUGCUAUAAUUGUAUCCUCUGUAUUUAAGGCCAAGUUCAAGGCUCCCGCUUAUCAAGUUGAUCCAAUUGGCUCAACUGUUCCCCAAGCAGAUUAUGUUUGGCGAAUUAUUCUGAUGUUUGGAGCAUUACCAGCAGCACUUACAUACUACUGGCGUAUGAAGAUGCCUGAAACUGCUCGUUACACUGCUCUUGUUGCCAAGGAUGCCAAGCAGGCUGCAGCUGAUAUGUCCAAGGUUCUGCAGGUUGAUAUUGAGGCAGAACCUCAGAAGAUUGAGAAGUUGAAUCAGGAGACAGCCAAUUCUUUUGGUUUGUUUUCGAAAGAAUUUGUUCGUCUUCAUGGACUUCACUUGCUAGGAACAACAACGACAUGGUUCUUACUUGACAUUGCAUUUUACAGCCAAAAUCUGUUCCAGAAGGAUAUUUUCAGCGCCAUUGGAUGGAUUUCAUCAGCCAAGACUAUGAAUGCCAUUGAGGAGGUUUAUAAAAUUGCAAGAGCACAAACACUAAUUGCUUUAUGCAGCACUGUCCCAGGCUACUGGUUCACAGUAGCCUUAAUUGACAAAAUGGGAAGAUUUGCCAUUCAACUGAUGGGAUUCUUCUUCAUGACAGUGUUUAUGUUUGCCCUGGCCAUUCCUUAUAACCAUUGGACUCACAAGGACAACCGAAUUGGAUUUGUUGUUAUGUACUCAUUAACUUUCUUCUUCUCAAAUUUUGGGCCUAAUGCCACCACAUUUGUCGUGCCAGCUGAGAUUUUCCCUGCAAGGUUAAGGUCUACUUGCCAUGGCAUAUCAGCAGCAUCUGGGAAGCUUGGGGCAAUAGUGGGUGCUUUUGGCUUCUUAUAUUUGGCUCAGAACCAGGACAAAAGCAAGGCUGAUGCAGGGUACCCUGCAGGCAUUGGGGUAAGGAAUUCACUUCUUGCGUUAGGUGUGAUCAACUUCUUAGGCAUGCUUUUCACUUUCCUGGUGCCAGAAUCUAAGGGGAAAUCACUGGAGCAGAUGUCUGGUGAGAAUGAGCAUGAGCAUGAACUUGAACAAGAACAGCAGUAA